AAAAAGUUUUGAAUGAAUGGUUCAUAAUAUUGGUAGUUUUUUUUUCCUUUUUCAUUUACCAGUUCCAUUCCAGUGAAGAACAAUAUCUAUGAAUAUGAAUAUGAUGACAACAACAUUGAAAUUGAAUCUAAUUCAUCCCAUGGUUCUAUGUCCUCGCAGCAGCAUCAUCUCAUUCGCACCAUCCUCAUCUGUUACCAUUACACUCACUCACCACCAACAACACACCUCUUCUUUUUCUUCAUCAUCAAUAAUUGCUCACACUACUCCUCCUACCCAUUCACAUUCUCAUCCAUUUCCAGAACCUGACGACGACGACGACGACGACGAUGAUGACCAACAACUUGAAGUCCUCCGUGUUCCUCCUCAUUGGUUACUCCCAACCAAUGCCUCCCAGGAAUCAGAGUGGCUUAGGGUUACUUUACAUAAAUGGUUGGAUGAUGAAUACUGUCCGGAAGAAACCAAUGUGGAGAUAAGCAGAGUUGCUGCCAAAUCCUACUACAAUUCUUUGAUACAGAAACAAGCUGAUUUGGGUGACAUUUUGUUGAACAUGGCGCGCGAACUGCAAACCAUUUCUUAUAAGGAAAGUUUUCAUGGAGCAUUCUCAUCUGCAAAUGCUGCUGUUAGCCUAAUUGCUCAACGAAUCGAACAAUUCUGCCACCCAAAUUGAAUUUUAUAGCUCCACGUUGUUGGUUUGGUUUUUUCUCUACUAAUAGGUUUGAAUUUACUUCUUCUAUUGUAUAGUAAUAUAGUCUUGUAACUUGUUUCUUUGUUAUUGAGUUGCAUAACUCACUUUUUGGUUGCUAUUUCAUGUAGCAUUACAUUUAUUAUCCAUUUAGUUCUACAUGUUAUCACACUCAAGAGUUUGAUAAGAAAUAUUGUUUGAGAUGUUAUAGUUUAUUAAAUUUAAUUUAAUCCUCGCGAAGGUCUUCUAUUUAAA